UAUAAUAAUCACAUGCAAAAAAAACUAGCACCCACAUUCAAUCAAAGAUCCAUCCAUGGCGGAGCACGAAGGGCAGCGUGAAUCAGCGGCUGAAUCACUGGUGGAUAAGAUAACUGAGAAGAUCAGCGGUCAUGAUUCAUCUUCUUCGUCUGAUUCCGACAACGAAAAGUUCGAUGCUGUUAAAUCGAAAGUCUUUCGGCUUUUUGGUAGAGAGAGACCCGUCCACAAAGUAUUAGGCGGUGGAAAACCUGCUGAUGUUUUCCUGUGGAGGAACACGAAAAUCUCUGCUGGGGUGCUUGGUGGUGCAACUACAGUCUGGGUUCUAUUUGAAUUGCUUGGAUAUCAUUUAAUAACUUUAGUUUGUUAUUUAUCAAUAUUUUUUCUGGCUGUUCUUUUCCUGUGGUCCAAUACAUCCGAUUUCUUGAACAAACCCCCGCCUAAAAUCCCUGAAGUUGUGCUUCCUGAGCAAUGUGUUCGUGAAGUUGCCUCCGCGCUGAGAAUUGAAAUCAACCGAGGAUUUGCUGUCCUGCAUGAUAUUGCAUCUGGGAGAGAUUUGAAGAAGGUUCUUGCUGUAAUUGCUGGCUUGUGGGUUCUGUCACUUAUUGGGAGUUGCAUUAACAUCCUGACCUUGCUCUACAUAUCCUUCGUUUUGCUGCACACCGUGCCAGUGCUGUAUGAGAAGUACGAGGACCAGGUUGAUGCAUAUUCUGAAAAGACAUGGAUUGAGAUCAAGAAGCAGUAUGCAGUGUUUGAUGAAAAAUAUUUAAGCAAAAUUCCAAAGGGGGCAUUGAAGGGAGAGAAGAAGGAUUAGAGAGAGAGUGAGAGACCAGCUCUAGUGCUCACUACGUUGGAUUUUGACUCUCAUAAAUUCUGUUUCAUCAAGCUGCUGUUGUGGCUUUGAAUAUUUUAGAGAAGCCCACCUCUGCUUCAUGUUUAUGGGGUGCUUAUAAAAUUAAUUAAUGCUCAUGCUCGUAAUAAUAAGUCGAUAUAUAUUGGUUUCCAGGAAAA